AUGAAAAAUUCUUUGCUGUUGCCUUUUCUUUACAUUAUAUCUAUUUGUCUUCCUUUUUUCCAGGUUCAAGCUCUUCAUCUCGAUAUCCAUGAUGAUGAUUCAAUUCGGAGUACCAUAAACAGCAUGACUGGAGAGCUGAUGAAUUACUGGAACGGUACCGACUGUAAAUUUGUCUCAUCAUAUUGGUGGCUUACUGGUGCAUCCAUGACCGUUCUCCUAAACAAUGGUAUAUUGUUUGAUAAUAAUACAUACACGGAUUUGGUUUCUAAGUCCUUGAUGUAUAACGCUGGUAGUGACCAUGAUUAUCAGCCGUCUGACGAAUACUUCAAUUUAGGAAACGAUGACCAAGGAAUUUGGGGUGCUGCGGCAAUGGAUGCUGCAGAGCUCAAUUUGAAACAAGUAGAUGAUUCAUCAGCGUCUUGGCUUGAAAUAAGUCAAGCAGCAUUCAAUCGUAUCUCCGGUAGAUGGGACAACGUAAACUGUAAUGGUGGUGUACGUUGGCAAGCGUUUCCUUGGUUGAGUGGUUAUACAUAUAAAAACAGUAUCAGUAAUGGGUUACUGUUUCAACUAGCUGCUAGAUUGGCUCGUUUUACUGGCGAUUCCUCGUAUGAAGAUUGGGUUAAUCGCAUCUGGGAUUGGUCAACAUCUAGUGGGUUUGUCAAUACCACAAAUUACAGCGUUUAUGAUGGCUCAAAAGCAUCGACGAAUUGUACGACCAUAGAUCAUUCCCAAUGGUCUUAUAACCUUGGAGUGUACAUGACUGGUGUCGCCUACAUGUACAAUUAUACUCAAGGAGACAACAUAUGGAAGAAGAGACUUGACGGUUUUAUUUCCCAUGCCACAUCUUUUUUUAUAAAUAAUGGCAUAGCAUGGGAUCCACAGUGUGAAAACACAGGGACAUGUAACAUUGACCAAACGGCAUUUAAAGGAAUAUUGAUGCAAAGUUUUGGAAAUGCAAUUCGUCUUGCUCCUUAUACCAGAAGCAAGCUAUACCCAUUAAUAGAAACAUCAGCAACUGCUGCAGCUUUGGCUUGUUCGGGUGGGUACAGUGGAAAUAGUUGCGGCGUCCAUUGGUCUUGGGACAAUAGCACAUGGGAUGGCACAUAUGGUGUCGGUCAACAGUUUUCAGCUUUGGAAGCUGUACAGAUGCUUUACGUUGAUAAAUAUCCAAAGUUAGUUACCUUGUCGAAUUCGUCAGACAAUCGUUCAAAUUCUAGUUAUGCUAGUGCCAAUUCAACCACAGACAACUAUGAAGUUAACGUUUCUCGACCGACAGAAGCUGAUCGAGGUGGCGCAGGAUUUCUCACAUUUUUGGCAGCCUUUUUACUAUUAGGCGUAUCUAUAUGGGCCAUGAUUGAAGAUGAAGAAGGAAAGAUUCCCUCUAGAACUCAUCAAAGUAAUACUGAAACCUUUGAGGACAAGAAGAAAGACGAGACCAUCAUGAAUGUAUAG